UAAUUGCAUUGAUAAUAUGUUUAUCGGAAGCACUAAGAAAAAGAAGAAGAAGGAACUACACCUGUCCAGUCCUUAAACGCUGUUCCUGUUUGCGAAGGAUAGAUGGCCUCACCGUCAAAUGCACAUCAUCGUCUCCAGAUGAAUUUAACCUGGACAUGGCAAAGCUGCAAGGACUUUUUAUAGUGAGGCUUUCCUUGAUCGAAAUUAGUAUGCCAAAAUUUCCGGAUUCUUGGUUUAAAAACCACACAAUUGCCAGGUUGCGUGUCAUUGAAUGCGGCUUACGUGAGAUUUCCGAUGCCGACAUGUGCUGCAUCAAAAAUCUAAGUGGAAUACAACUGGAUGGAAAUAAGCUGCAAGGUGUCCCUAUUGCUGUGAACGCUGCAAGAGCUCUUGUUACGCUCCUAGUGCGAAGGAAUCUCAUCAAACGUCUUCAGGGAAUGCUCGAUCUUCCGAAAUUGGUCCGUCUAGAUCUCAGCCGCAACAAAAUAGAGACUUUAGAAGAGGAAUAUCUAACUGGCUUACCGAAGCUGCGCUAUCUGGUUUUAUCGCAAAACAGCAUCCACAAUUUAUCGCCAAAGCUUUUCAGGCAAGCAAAAUCUCUCGUGCUUGUGAAACUGAAUAAUAACCACAUUCAUUCGGUGGAAGGAGUGUUCGAUCAUCUGAGCGGUUUGGAGGUUCUUGAUCUCAACCUGAACAACAUCUGUGAGGCGGACAGCAUUGCAAGAUUCACGUUGUCAUCCUUGAAGGAACUCACGCUGGAACAUAACUGCAUAAGCCAGAUUACAAGAUUCCAGAAUGCUCAGAUUCAGGCGACUCGUCUUCAGAGAGAACUUCCUGACAAACGUAACCGCCGGAGCUUUCCAGCAACUCAAAAAGUUGACCACCCUUGACCUGAGCAAUAAUAGUAUUGCGAAGCUAAGUGACUCCCUCUUUGCGCGUAAUUCGGUUCUUCAAGAGAUAAAUCUGUCUAUCAACAAGUUAACCUCGGCUUCGAUGCUGUUCAACAGUACGCAGAAGAUUAAAAUAAUCAAGCUGUCUUUCAA